GGGGCGGGGCGGCGCCGCCGCUGCGCGCUGUGUGCUGGAAUGCGCGGCGCCUCCAGCCGCGCCGCCGCCGCCGCCAGCAGCAGCAGCAGCAGCAGCAAGAGCCGCCGCCGCCGCCGCCGCCCGGCCCCGCCUCGCGCGCGCCCGGCCCCGCGCGCACCGCCCCGCGCCCCGCAGCAGCCGCGCGGCCGGGCGGCCCCGCGCCGCCGAAUUGCUGCUAUGGCGACUCAGGUGCUGGGGCAGUCCGGUGGGAGCAGCCUAUUUCCUGGCAGUGCUAACAUUGGUAUGGCAUUGUCUAACGACAUGUAUGACUUACAUGACCUUUCUAAAGCUGAGCUGGCAGCUCCUCAGCUUAUUAUGUUGGCAAACGUGGCCUUGACGGGAGAAGUAAAUGGCAACUGCUGUGACUACCUGGUUGGAGAAGAGAGGCAAAUGGCUGAACUGACAACAGUGGGGGACAGCAACUUCUCAGACAGUGAUGGAGAGGGUAUGGAAGAUACCCAAGCUGCGGAGAGUGACCGUGAGGUACCUGAAAACGUGGAAUUAAGCUCUCUUGAGGUUCCUAGUGUGGACACCCAAGAUCCGGUUGCUUGCCCCACUCCUGAGACUCCCAGUGUGGACAAAGAUGUCCCAUUGGAAGCACCAGGUACUCCAGAAAGCGCAGAGGACAAGUGUAAGAGCUUGAAGAGCAAGCCAUUUCGUUGUAAGCCAUGCCAGUAUGAGGCAGAGUCCGAAGAGGAGUUUGUGCAUCAUAUCAGGGUUCACAGCGCUAAGAAAUUCUUUGUGGAAGAAAACGCAGAGAAGCAAGCCCAGGUCAAGGAGUCUGAUUCCUGCAGCACAGAAGAGGUGGAUUUCUCUAAGGGCCCGAUCCGUUGUGAUCGUUGUGGCUAUAACACUAACAGAUACGAUCACUAUCUGGCUCACUUAAAACACCACAACAAAGCAGGAGAAAAUGAGAGAGUCUACAAGUGUACCAUAUGCACUUAUACUACUGUCAGUGAAUAUCACUGGAAAAAACACCUAAGAAAUCAUUUUCCCAGGAAAGUCUAUACUUGCUCACAAUGCUCCUAUUUUUCAGACAGGAAGAACAAUUAUAUUCAACAUAUUCGAACUCACACGGGAGAGCGACCCUAUCAAUGUGCUAUGUGUCCCUACUCCAGCUCUCAGAAGACCCAUUUAACCAGGCACAUGCGCACUCACUCAGGUGAGAAGCCAUUCAAAUGUGAUCAGUGCAGCUAUGUGGCCUCCAACCAGCAUGAAGUAACUCGUCACGCAAGGCAGGUUCACAACGGGCCAAAGCCUCUGACUUGCCCACACUGUGACUACAAAACAGCCGACCGCAGCAACUUCAAAAAGCACGUUGAGCUCCACGUCAAUCCACGCCAGUUCCUCUGUCCUGUUUGUGAUUACGCAGCGUCUAAAAAAUGUAACCUGCAGUAUCACAUCAAAUCCAGGCAUCCCGAUUGUUCUGACAUCACCAUGGACGUUUCAAAAGUGAAGCUACGGACUAAAAAGAGUGAAGCUGACUUUUCCGACAGCAUUAACGACAAAGCAGAGAAGGAACAAACGAAAGGGGAUUCGGCUGCAAAGAAAACUGAGAAAACAGUGAAAGUGGAGAAAAAAGAGAAUUUGUCAAAGGAAAAGAAGCCAACGAGCAAUGUUUGUGCAGGCCAGGUAACAACCAGGAGUCGGAAAUCGGCUUCAGAAAACAAGGAGGUGGAUAUUAAAACUGAGAAAAAUAUUGAGAAACUGUGUAAAACAAAGAAGACCAAAAGAAAGGCAGAGGCUGAAGUAACUUCCUCAAAGGAAGAGCCUGCAAAUGACACCCCAGCAGUAACAAAAAAGAAAAAGAAAGUGGAAACUAAACCCAGAGAUUGCCAGGAAGCUCAAAAGACUGACGUUGUACCAGAGGAGGAGCCUAAAAAGCAAAAUUCUUGCCUUAAGAAAAACAGAAAAAAGAAAGCUUUGAAAAAUAAGCACAGUAAGAAAAACAGUAAAUUUGAUCAGGAGAAGAUCGAGGAAGAGGAGAACCCAGGGGAGUGUCCCCUCACAGAAGAGGAUGAACGCAGGAAGCCUGACAGUCAGGGCAGUAACCAGGAGAAGGAGCAAGACCCUGCUGACAGGGCAGCACUGGACAACAUCGGUGGUCAUGCUCCUAGCGGGGAGAGCUCCGAUCCCAACGGAGGCCGUAUGCAGGACCCGGCACAGCUUUGCUUGCCACGUCGAGAUGCAAACAUGGAGGCCGAGGAAAAAGACCAAGAAAUACCUGCUGCAACAGAAGAGAACAAAGACGCUAUUAGUGAAAAAGAGGAGGAGAGAGAGGCAGAAAAAGGGCAAGACACGUGCUCUGAGGAAACUCCCGAUGCAGUGUCUUCUGAACAAAGCUUGGAUUUGCCCAUGGAUGUGUUACCAAAUCUGGCACCUGAGAUGGAGCUGGAGGAAACCUGCGGGGCAGAAACUGUGAGUAACCCAGACCCGGUGGACCUCACUAAGACGCACCUGCCAGCGAUGGAGCCGAUGGGAGAUGCCGUGCCAGCAGCUGUGCCCCCAGAAGGGUGUAUGCAGAGCCAUAAAGCAGCUCUGGACUUGCCAUCUCCAGAUAACACAGCAGUGAACGAAUCUCAGGAAAUGGAUGAGGACGAGGGUAUCCACAGCCAUGAGGGCAGCGACAUAAGUGACAACAUAUCAGAAGGAAGUGACGAUUCAGGGUUAAACGGUGCUCGCUCCGUUCAAGAGGAAACGAGUCCAAAGGCGUCGCAGGUAGCUGGAGGUGCCGCAGCGGCCAGGGAGAACUAUGUGUGCAUUUUUUGUGACCGCUCGUUUAAAAAGGAAGGUGAAUACAGCAAGCACCUCAAUCGUCAUUUAGUCAAUGUGUAUUAUCUGGAGAAGGCGACAAAGGGGCAGGAGUAGAAAUAGCUGUGGUUUGGGGGCACAUUUAUCUUCUUUUGUAAGAUCUUAUACAGCUUAUGUACAGAUACUGUAGAUUUUUUUUUUAAGCACGGUUUGCUUUAAUUUGCUUUUUUUUUUUUUUGAGUUGAAAAUAUUUUUGCCAACUUUUUGUGUAAUGGUGAACUCAGCUAUUGGAUCUCUUUAUUAGAGAAGGCAGGUAGGGUAUAUGAGGCUGUGUCCUGUGAAAUCAGUGUAAGCUUCUAGUCUAUUAGCUUAUGCAAUUACUUUAUAAAUUGAGCUUUAGGAACCAGACUGUAGCUACCCAUACACAAGUGAGGCAUUUAUAGUACCAUUGGCAUUAGUUGCUUUUUGUUCUAGCAGCCAAUUCUUUCUCUCUUUCUUUUUCUCUUUUUAGUUGUUAAUAUGUCUUGGUGUUAGAGGUGUUAAACUACUCAAUGGUUUUUCUACCAGGAAGAUAGCUUCUAUUACACAAAAGAGCACUUUGUAAAACAAAUCAAAGUUGGCUAGCAAUGAACAUAACUGUUUAAGAUAAUUAUAAUUGUGAACGUACAUUUCAGAUCCCCUAAGCAUGAAUGGUGAGCCAAAAUCUGGGAGCAGUCCUUCCAACUUUUGAUUGGAGAACCUCUAUCUUGAUUAAUAUCUUAAUAACCAUGAUGUGUAAUUGGCUUUGUUGUGGGGGAGCAAGUUUGUUAUUUUCUACUUUUUUUUUUUUGAUUGUGCUUUAAGAGCUUAAAAUAUUGCACAUUAUGUUUUUGAUUUUUACCUAUGCAGUUUAAUCCUUUAGGAAUAGCGCUUGUGCAGUACAUGUACACUUUAUAUAUGCAUGUUUGGUUUUGUUUGUGUAAGCUUUUAUUUUUAUUUUGAAACAUUCAGAUUCGUUGCUUACCAUGGGCCAGUUUUCUGUGAUACUCUUUACUACAGGUUUUCUUGUUUUCAUGGGGUAUUAUUAGCUGUGCAUGAAAUUGCUGAAAUUAUGAACUGUUUGGUUAUGUAUUUUUGACUAGCUUUAAAAUUGUAUAGUUCUUGGGUAAAAGGAUACCAAUGCAAGUUCAAAACACUAUUUUGAAUUGUAGUCGUGACAUUUUCAUAGGUUUUAUGCCAUGGAAAUGCCACUUGUGAUAUUUUUAAUAUGUAUACAGACUUUUAAUUAUAAUUUAUAAUUUGGGAUCAUCAGAAAGCAAAAUACUCACUCUCAGUGGAAAUGGUAUGCAGAUUCUGCAAGUCUAGAUGAUUUCUUUCCCCUUUUCAUUUCAGUGGUGGACAGCAGUCAAACUUCAUGAGCUUAAAAAAAAAUAGUAGCACUGAUGUAAGUAUGGUUCAUCAAUAUCUAACAUCUCACGCACCCAAAAAAAAAAAAAAAAAAAAGAUAAACCAACUGGUAAGCAACAAACCUGGCAUUAAGAACUGUAGGAAUUCCUGCUCCUUAUUCAUUCAAGUUGCAGUUGGUAGGAUCAUCUUGCUUCCCUGCAGACAGAGAAACACAUAACUAGUCAGACUGUGACUUCAGGUCUACAUGCAAGAAACAUCCUACCAGGAGUUUCUAAUUCUGACCAGAUUUCUCUUCUGGCAUACGGAAACAUAAGAGGGUUUGCAUGCCUUCUGCUUGUAGGCCAGCCAGUGGUAGAACACAAUCAAAAUCCAAACCAGCAGGGAGAAAGCAAACCCCUCCAGUCCCACCAGUGCUGCAGAAGACUUUCUUUAGGUCCUUUCCAGUUGGAUCAGUGGGGGCAGCUUCUCCUGUUGUCAGCUCCAAAGAAGCAAAUUUGGAGGCAGGUAUCUUCUGGAGAUCUUACGGAGUUGAGGAACUCGGUCAGUAUUUGCCAAAGCACUUGAUGGCAAGUACUCGCAAAGUAAGCAAGCUCUGGAAUAAACUCCGUUCUUCUCUGCCUGACCCCGCACGAUCCUUCCCUCCAAACAGACCCUCUGCCUUGAAUGAAUAGAGAACAAUAAUACUACAUUGCUUCUGCUUUUGGGAGAGAUUGGUAAUAGGAGGCCAAAGAUUCGAGAGGGAGGAUGUCCCUCAUGGCAGAAAUAAACUGUAUAAUGUAUAGUGAGUUUUUGUUUGCUUAGAUAGUGUUCAGUCCUUACCUUGGCUGCGACAAUCAUUGUCAACUGAAGAUCAAGUUGCAACUAUAUUUAUGUUGAACGUUAAGAAAAUAAAUCUAGUUAAAUUGUUUUUCUAAACAACCAGUUGUAAUAGUUAUAGAUGUAUUUUUUUUUCUUGAUAAUAAGUGUGUUUCCUUUAUAUACAAGCGUUGCCACUCUUUGUGAGCGAUGAGAGCAGAUGCUGGGAAUUCCGGUAUUGUGUAGAGGUUUUAUAGCUCCCUUCAUAUCCUUGCAAAGAGCCUUUUACCAUCUUGCGAGAGACUUCAAGGACUUUAGCUAUAUUCAGAUAAACUUGUGGACUGGCCUGGCUAUUUUUGUUUGUUUGUUUUUAAAUGGAAGUACGGUGUUGAUUGAUUGACUUUAAAGCUCUCUCUGCGAGAUUAAAAACAAAGGUAUGGUUCUCUGAGAUACGCUGCUGUGCAUUUCUGUGAAGUGGUCAAGGCCUUAAUGCUUGAUCUGACAAGAACUCCUUGAGGAGGACAGUGCUUCUGUUCAGCAGUGUUUCUUACCACAAGGUUAGAAGCUGAAAAUAAAUUACUGAAAUAUUAAGAAGAAGAAAAGUCGAUCUUUUCAAUUUGAAACCCCACCAGCAACGUCCUGAAAUACCCAGUACUGGUGCCUAACUGUGUUGGAAUUCUCCGUUUUGCUUUUUAAAAGAACUAAAGACCAAGAUUUGGGAGUAUGUUAAGGUAAGGCAGCAAAUAUGUCAUGUGUCCCUAACAAACAAUGUUAGACAUUGCUAAUACUGAAUAUCUGACCUAGGAUUUACAGGUUAGGUAACCCACCAUGGAUGGUGAUUCCUUUAAACAGUGAUUCCCCCCACCCCCCCAAAUAUUUUUAAAUUAUUUCGUGUAGGUUUUGCCAUUACUAGCCUUUUCCCUGUUUCUUGGCAGCAACACCCGUACCAGCGUUCGAUCUCGAGUAUGUGGUUGGAAGGAUUAGCACAGCGAUACCCCCACACUGCCAGUCCUCUGGUGAGCAAGGUGGUGUUUCAGGCUUUUGCCUGUAUGGAUCUAUACACUCAAAGUAUCUGCCCUGAGAAAUGAUCUAGAUAUGGGUAGCUAGGCAUUUGUAAUUCAUUGUAUCGUAAUUGCUAUUUCUGGAUUUUGAUUAUCUAGGCUGGAAUUUUAGGCAUUUAAAAAGGAAUAUUUAACAACUGACAGGCCAGUUAGGAUCUUGUGAUGUCAUUGAUUUCAACAGAUUUAAUGUAGCUUAAAAGUAUUAACCAAAUUCAAGAGCCUUCUUGAAUGGUGGUUGUGUAGAUAUGUGACUUGCAUACAAUAUUAACAGAAUCCAAAUAGCUAAUGGAAUUGUUUUAUGUAUAUAUAUAUUUUCCUCUAAAAUUACACUAGCUAACAAACCUUUGUAAGCUGGCAUGGAAACAUGUUUAUGAUGUUUGGUUGCACCAUGUUUGAUGCUUUUACAGUGCAAUACUUGUAUUCUCUGAAUUAAACCAAAGGUAAUUUUUUUUUCAUGCUCUUUCUCUACUGUAGUGCAUGACAGUCUUUUCUACAUUUGUAAUAGAUGUAAAACAAGCCAGAACAUACAUCCUGUUUUUACCUAAAACAUGUAUAAGUCUUUUGUCCAAAAUGUAGUGUAAAGUUAAACUAAAUUGCAUUAUAUUAACCCUUACAAGUGUAUUUUCCUAAGCAUAGUUAUGAUUAAAUAAACUUUAUUAAGGAA